CCCAAGCUCGCCAUAUUACUCCUCUCGGUGAGGGCUACCAAAGAUCACUCGCUCAUUUUGUCGAACGCAGGAAAAAGGGGGAAGAAGUAGAAGAAAUCCUCUCGGCCAUGGCGUUGGCUUCUCGCGUCCUCACCCGAUCCAAGCAGUUAUAUGGCAGUCAAAUCCUUUUACAACACGAGCAUAGGGCACCAGUUCGUUACUAUGCAAAAGAAGCUUCUCCAGCUGGGCUCCCACCCCUUAAGGGAGAUGAGAUGUUGAAGAACAUCUUUUAUGAGGUGAAGAACAAGUUUGAGACGGCCGUUGGGAUACUUCGGAAAGAAAAGAUCACAAUUGAUCCCAAUGAUCCUGCUGCAGUGAGUCAGUAUGGGAAUGUUAUGAAGACCAUAAGGGAAAAGGCUGGUCUGUACUCAGAAUCUCAAAAGUUUAAAUACACCAUCGAACAACGGACACAAGGAAUUCCUGAUGCCAGAACUUACUUGUUGACACUGAAGGAUGUACGAGCCAAGAGCGGCCUCGUUGAUAACAUUGGUGCUGAAGCUAUGAUGAUGGAAGCAUUGGAUAAGAUCGAGAAUGAGAUUAAGAAGCCACUUCUGAGGUCUGAUAAGAAGAACAUGGCCCUCCUUCAUGCUGAAUUUGAUAAAAUCAACAAAAAGCUUGGCAUUCGGAAGGAAGAUCUUCCCAAAUACGAAGAGGAAUUGGAACUCAAAAUUGCUAAAGCAGAUCUGGAAGAGAUUAAGAAAGCUGCUGUUGAGGCGAUGGAGACUCAACUUAAAAGGGAGGAAUUCAAGGAUGAGCAGAUGGUUGAUGUGAAGUCUCUGGACAUUCGGAACUUCCUCUAAGAUUUUGCCUAGCUUUUAUGGACAAAAUAUUGGUAGGCGCUGGUAUAAUCUGCAAAUUUUCUCCCCAUUUGUUUUAAGCUCCGCUUGCCUUUGGUUUAACUUGUAAUAAAAGCAUUUGGAGCUGGGGACUUCUUUCUUUGUUGUGGUUAAUAUAUAUCAUCAAAUUCUAGGAAUUGAAGGUGAUGUCUGAUGCGAUGCGUACGCUAUUGGAUGUCUCCAAAUUUUAUAUGGAGAAGAGGUUUUUCUUCUCAAAUAUUUACUUUUGCAUUUCCAGAGAUGUGUGUAUGAGAUGGGGGUACUGAAUUUUGAUGAAAUGGAAAUUGAGAGUGCCAGUGGAUAUCUGUUUCUUUAA